AUGGGAUUUGAGGUUCGAAUAUUUUAUGGGCGCCCGAUUCAGGGUCGGUGUUUACGUAACAUCUAUCUAUCUAUCUAUCUAUCUAUCUAUCUAUCUAUCUAUCUAUCUAUCUUAUUCCAUUUUUCUCUAUAUCCAUACAUAUAUAUAGUAGCUUCUUCUUCUCUUUCUUUCUCCCCUUUUCUUCCUCUCUUAAUUUAUUACCUUUUCUUUUUUUCUCUCUAUCUAUUUCUUUUUCUCUGUUUCUUUCUUUUUCAUUUAUUCUCGUUAUUUAUUUUAAAUUUUUUUCUCUCUUCCUUCGUUUCUUUCUUUCUCUAUUUAUAUCUAAUUAUUUCUCUCUCUCUUUCUCUUCCAUACUCUUUCUUUGAUAUUCUCUCUUUCUAUAUUUCCCCUCUUUCUUUCUUUCUUUCUUUCACUUUUUCUCUUUCUUCUUACUUUUUUUCUAUUCUUCCCUUUUCCUUCUAUUUUCCCUUCUGUCUCUCUUUCUUAACUGCCUGUUGUAACCUCCUCUCUUUGUCCUUUUGCCAGUUUCCUUCUUUUGAAAAAAUUUCAAUUUCUCUCUAUGUAUUAAUCUCAUGUUUCUCUUUCUCAUUUCCUACCUUUUAUUCCCUCUCACUUUCUAUCGCUUCGUCUUCAUUCUUUCUCUCUCUCUCUCUCUCCCUCUCUCUCUCUCUCCCCCCCUUUCCAUUCAUCAUCCCCCUUUUCUUUAUUUUUCUUUGUCUUUCUUUCUUUAUUUGCCCCUCGACUUGUCUUUAUUUUUUACUUUAUUUCUCUUAUUUUUUCAACAUUUGUUAUUUUCAUUUCCUUCAUUCUUCUUCUUCUUCUUCUUCUUCUUCUUCUUCUUCUCUUCUUCUUCUUCUUCUCUCCCUUGUCUCUUCUUUGUCUUUUCUUCUCUUCUUCCUCUUUUCUCCUUCUUCUUCUUUUACUUCUUCUUCUUUUACUUCUUCUCUUCUUCUUCCUCUUCUUCUUCUACCUCUUCUUCUUCUUUUCUCCCUUUUCUCUUCUUUGUCUUUUCUUCUCUUCUUCCUCUUUUCUUCUUCUUUUUUACUUCUUCUCUUCUUCUUCAUCUCUUCGUCUUCUCUUCUUCUUCUCCCUUUUCUUCUUCUUCUUCUUCUUCUUCUUCUUCUUCUUUUCUUCUUCUUCUUCUUCUUCUUCUAUUCUUUGUUAUUUUUUCCUCUCUUCUUUCUCUUUUCUUUUCUCUUCUUCUUUUCUACUUUCUUUUUUCUUCUUCUUUUCUCCUUUUUCUCUUCUUUCUCUUCUUCUUUUCCUCUUCUUCUUCCUCUCUUCUUCUUCACUUCUUUUUCUCUCUUUUCUCUUCUUCUCUUCUUUGUCUUUUUCUUUGUUUUCUUCUUCUUUUUCUCUUCUUUCUCUUCUUUUCUUCCUCGUUUCUUCUCUUCUUCUUCUCUACUUCUUUUCUUUUUCUCUUCUUCUCUUUUUCUUUUUCUUCUUUUCUUAUUCUUCUCUUCUUUUUCUCUUUACAAAUGGAAAAGAAAAAAAACUUUGAUAGGCGUUGCCAAUUAUUUUCCCUUCUUCGUUCCUUUUACCCAUCUCUCUCUUACACACACACUCUCUCUGCUUCUCUCUAUCACACACUCUCUCUCUCUAUCUCCCCCUCUUACACAUACUUUCUAUCUCUCUGACACAGAUACACUCUCUCUAUAUAUCUCUCUCACACUCUUUAUCUCUUUCUCAUACACAUUCUCUAUCUCUCUCUCUCUCUCUCUUCAUCUAUUUAUCUAUCUUUUGCACUCACUUUCUCUAUCACACUUUAUUCUGACUUUCUGUCUCUUUCACUUCACUAACAUUUCUUUUUUUACUCUCUCUUGCUCUCUCUCUCCCUCUCUCUUCCUGUCUCUGUGCGUGUGUACCUUUUAUUUCAUCUCACCUUCUUUCUCUGGCGUUCUGUCUCUCUCCUCUUUAUACCUUAAAUUUGAAGUCAAUUUUUCAUUUUCACUCUUUCUCUCUCUCUCUCUCUCUCUCUCUCUCUCUCUCUACCUUUUCUCUCUCCCUCUUUCUCUAUCCUUUUUAGCAUUCAUUUUAUUUGACUUUCUCUCUCACUUUCUCUUUUUUUUACUCUAUCUGCUGUGUCUUUCAUUCUCUUUUUCUUUCUCUCUUUCAUUCACGCUCUCUCACUGUCUUCCAAUUUAUCUCACGUUUUCUCUCUCUCUACCUCUCUCGCUCUACCUCUCUCCCUCUCUCAUGUUUCUGCUUAAAUUUAUCUCUGUUAUUCUAUAUUUUAUUUUCCUGUUUUCUUUCUUCUCUUACUCUCCUCGCUUAUUCUUCUAUCCUCCCACUCUCUUUAGUAUAUCAUCUCAACCUUUCACUCUAUUGGUUUCCCUCUCUAGUCUCUUCUCAUUUUCUCUCUAUAUUAGUUGA